AUGGCGACGAUGGAGAGCUUGAUUGGAUUAGUUAAUCGGAUUCAAAGGGCUUGUACUGCCCUCGGUGAUUACGGUGGCGGUGACACUAACGCUUUCUCCUCCCUCUGGGAUGCUUUGCCCUCCGUAGCUGUCGUCGGUGGACAGAGUUCUGGAAAGUCUUCAGUUCUGGAAAGCAUAGUUGGGAGAGACUUUCUUCCAAGAGGAUCUGGGAUUGUUACGAGGCGGCCUUUGGUGUUGCAACUACAGAAGAUAGAGGAGGGACAACAGGAGUAUGCUGAGUUUGGUCAUCUGCCCAGGAGGCGGUUCACUGAUUUUGCUGCGGUUCGCAAGGAAAUCUCAGAUGAAACUGACAGAAUCACUGGGAAGACUAAGCAAAUUUCCCCUGUGCCGAUUCACUUAAGUAUCUACUCCCCAAAUGUCGUCAACCUAACCCUGAUUGAUCUUCCGGGGCUGACAAAAGUUGCUGUGGAGGGGCAACCUGAAAGUAUAGUGCAAGACAUAGAGAACAUGGUUAGAACAUAUGUUGAGAAGCCCAACUGCAUCAUACUGGCUGUUUCUCCUGCCAAUCAAGAUAUAGCUACAUCAGAUGCGAUAAAACUGGCAAGGGAGGUGGAUCCUUCAGGUGAACGGACGUUCGGUGUACUCACAAAACUGGAUUUGAUGGACAAAGGAACAAAUGCAUUGGAUGUGCUUGAAGGAAGAUCCUACCGUCUACAAAAUCCAUGGGUGGGUAUUGUAAACAGGUCACAAGCUGACAUCAAUAAGAAUGUCGACAUGAUUGCUGCAAGAAGGAGGGAGCGAGAAUAUUUUGCGACUAGUCCUGACUAUGGCCAUCUAGCCAGUAAAAUGGGUUCUGAAUACCUCGCAAGACUUCUGUCAAAGCACCUGGAGUCUGUAAUCAGGGCAAGAAUACCAAGUAUCACUUCCUUAAUAAAUAAAAGUAUUGAGGAACUUGAAUCUGAGAUGGACCACAUGGGAAGGCCUAUUGCUGUUGAUGCUGGGGCUCAAUUAUACACUAUCUUGGAACUUUGCCGUGCUUUUGAUAAGAUAUUCAAGGAGCAUCUCGAGGGGGGGCGGCCUGGUGGUGAUCAAAUAUAUGGUGUUUUUGAUAACAAGCUUCCUGCUGCUUUGAAAAAGCUUCCCUUCGAUCGACACCUUUCCAUACAAAAUGUAAGAAAAGUUGUCUCAGAGGCAGAUGGUUACCAACCACACUUGAUUGCCCCUGAACAAGGUUAUAGACGGCUUAUUGAAGGAGCAUUAAAUUAUUUCCGAGGUCCGGCUGAAGCUUCUGUAGAUGCGGUUCACUUUGUCUUAAAGGAACUUGUGAGGAGGUCAAUUGGAGAAUGCCAGGAAUUGAAACGCUUUCCAAGUUUGCAAACUACAAUAGCUGCAGCUGCUAAUGAGGCUUUAGAAAGAUUCCGUGAUGAGAGUAAGAAGACUGUCAUUAGAUUGGUGGACAUGGAGUCUUCUUACCUUACCGUGGAUUUCUUUAGGAAACUUCCUCAGGAAGUGGAAAAGCCAGGAAAUGUAGCUGGAGCUAAUGCAGCUGCUGCCGCAAAUAUUGAUCGUUACGCUGAAGCUCAUUUCAGGAGAAUUGGAUCAAAUGUAUCAUCUUACAUCAAUAUGGUGUCUGACACACUUCGGAAUACCAUCCCAAAGGCUGUGGUUUAUUGUCAAGUCAAAGAAGCAAAGCAGUGUUUAUUAAAUCACUUCUAUGCCCAAAUUGGGAAAAGAGAGGGAAAACAGCUUUCUGAGUUGCUAGACGAAGAUCCUGCUUUGAUGGAGAGGAGACUCCAGGUUGCGAAGAGGCUUGAACUUUACAAGAAAGCGAGGGAUGAAAUUGAUUCUGUGUCAUGGGCGAGAUGA